AUGUGGUGCUUGGCACCUCUUGCUAUUGCAAGGCCGGAGCCUCCGGUGUACACAGACGACUACAAUGACAACAACGACUUCGUGGGAGGCACAGGACACGGAGGAGCAAACACCAUCGUCCUCCUAGGAGGCGGUGGCGGUCACGGUGGUGGUGGAGGUGGUGGAGGCCAUGGAGGUGGAGGCGGUGGCUACACGACUGGAGGUGGAGGCGGCUACAGCGGCGGAAACGGCGGCGGUGGAUUUGGCGGCCACUCCGGUGGAGGAGGUGGAGGCGGCUUCGGUGGUACUGGUGGAGGUUACAGUCAAACUGCUGUCGUCCAGAAACACAUCUACGUCCACAUACCUCCUCCAGAGACUGAGUACACAGCGCCACAAAAAGUAAUUCCUCCACCACCACCGAAAAAGCACUACAAGAUUGUCUUCAUCAAAGCUCCCUCUGUUCCCACCCAGUCGGCUCCAGUGCUUCCUGCCCCUCAGCAAGACCAAGAAAAAACUCUUAUCUACGUCCUUCACAAACAUCCAGCCGACCAACCCCCCAUAGUGAUACCCACCCCUCAGCCCACCCCUCCCUCAAAACCAGAAGUUUACUUCAUCCGGUAUAAAACCCACAAAGAAAUCUCUGCAGGUCCAACUGUUGGUCCGUACAUCUCCAGCACGACUCUGGGUCCUCACUUCUCCAGCAGUACAUUCUCUCCAGUCUCCAGCACCUUGGGGCAUGUCGGCUCCUCCUCCGUCAGCAUCGUGCCUCGGCCCAGUCCCUCAUACAGUACUACGGCUUCCUACCAUUGA